AUGAAGCUAACGAAGCUCGAUAACGCCAAUACAAAAGAAUAUCUGGACCAGAUUCGCAACAAGGUUGUAGAAAACCUCAGGCGCACGACAUUUGCUCCUUCGACUCAGAUGAAAGAUAUACCACAGCAUCUUAUCGUGGGUGGCAUGGAAGAUGAAGCCGAUAACUUCUUGGAUGACCUCGAAGAGAAUGAAAACAAAGACACAUGGUUUCCUCAACGGCAAUUCGACAAAUAUACGGAAAGGGCUGGCGAGCUUAGAGACAGUGAAGGCGAAGAAGAAAAGAUUGCCAAAGAGGUACAGUACGACAAGAGCUGA